UGUCGCUUCGACGUACAAACCGUGUGGUUUGAUUUUCGUUAGUGUCAUCCGUGACUGCGAAACGGUUGUUUGGAUCCAAAUCAGUUUGUUUUGUUUUUGAAUCUAGUUUUACGCCGGUUGCAAUUCGUUCGAAUAAUUUGAGAUGGAUAAAGAUACUUCAAGGGUUGUCACACUAAACAAAACUUUAGAGGACAUUCGAUUGCAGAAUGCUAAAAACGACAAACUGUUGAAAGAUUUCGGUAUCGACAUUGCCAACCUAAGCGAUACGGCUCAGGAAGCGCUGGAUAAUUACGCCAAAAUCCGACAGCUAACCGGUUUGGCUCAGCUGGAUCCCUCGUUUGUGGAUGAAUACUGCUACCAGGAGCAGGCAAAGCGACUGGAAGCACGACUGCAAGCGAUCCCACUGAAUGCCCGCAUCAAGCAGCUGAGAGAGGACAUCAAGCGGGAAGAAAGCGACCUUGCCAGGCUGGAAGCCUUCGUUACCGAAACCCAAUCACAACUCAUACCGACGGACGUGAUGGAAAAGAUGCGAGUAACGCGCGAAAAGCGAAUAGAAAUGCUGCGAAGCAAACAAAAAACACUAAUGGGAAAAGCCGACACCAUAAAACUGGAUGAUCUGAUCGCUAAGGUCAACAGCCUGGAAGCAGACGAAAAUACGUAAUCCCACUGACGUUCCUUGCAAUGAUUGCAAUGUUGCUCUCUAUGCUUUGAUGUGAUUCCCCGGAAUGAGAUAGAAAAAAAUAACUUCAUUUAAAAUCAAUGGCACUCGAAUAAAAUAAACUAUUGUAUAAUAUCUA